GCUCGGAGUGGUCGCCAUGGCGACAGGUACACACACGCUCUAGGAACUGGCACCGGGCCCUGGGGGGUGGGGACUGGGUAAAGCCCGGGGGAGAGGCCACUCUCACUCACUCAGGAGCCUGUAUCAGUGAGGAGGAUGCACAGGGCAGCCCGAGGGAAGCAGAGAAGACAUAAGCAGCUGUCGACACAUCAUGUCUGACGACACAGGAAACCAGGACGUUCCGUCUGAGCACACGGAGAACAGCGAGUCAGAAUCGGAUGAAGACCCUUAUGAGUCGGAGACGGUUUCCCCCUAUGAGUUAUACUCAGCUGAACAUUUCUAUUACCCCCAUCCCCGGACCACCCAGGUUGUGUAUGAAAAUCAUUGUGGAAGAAAACUACCACGGCUCAGAGAGCCACGGGAUCUGUAUGGUGUGUCCUCGGCCAGCUUCUUCCAACUGCCACGUUGGCCAUACGAGUGCCAGGUGCUCCGGGAAAGAAUUCAGCACAUUGAGUGGAACCCCCCUGUACCAGAGCCAAUGUACAGAUCUACAGGCUUAGAGCAGGAACUGGCUGGCACCGAGCAUUUAGAGAGCAAGGUGAUCUACCAAGUCAAGGAAGGGUGGAAGGAAUCUUACUUUAUGUGUUCCCGUGUCGGUGGGAAUCGCAGCCCUCUCAAGUCUGACUCCUCGCACAGUUGUGAAGAUCCUAACAUCACAUUAGAGUUUGAAUCUCGAUUUGAGAGCGGGAAUCUGCAGAAAGUGGUCCAGGUAGGUGACUACGACUAUCAGCUGACCCUGCGCACUGACCUGUACACAAGCCGACACACCCAGUGGUUCUAUUUCAGGGUGAAGAACACAAGGGCAGGAGUACCUUACCGUUUCACCAUCAUCAACUUCAUGAAGCGAACAAGCCUCUACAACCACGGCAUGCGUCCCCUCAUGUACUCCGAGACUGAAGCCAACACCCGUGAGAUCGGCUGGCAUAGAAUCGGGGACGAGAUCAAGUACUACAAGAAUAACUUUGGCCAAGAUGGACAAUCCUAUUACUCUCUCUCUUGGACCUUUAGUUUCCCACACAAUGGAGACGUUUGCUACUUUGCACACUGUUACCCUUAUACGUAUUCCAACCUCCAGGAUUACCUGUCCGGAAUAGCCAACGAUCCAGAGCGUUCCAGGUACUGCAAGAUCCGGGUCCUGUGUCAUUCAUUGGCCGGGAACAUGGUUUACGUACUGACCAUCACCAACCCCUCCCCAGCCACUAAGGAGCCAAAGAAGAAGAAGGCUGUGAUUUUGACGGCCAGAGUUCACCCGGGCGAGACCAACAGUUCCUGGGUGAUGAAAGGCUUCCUAGAUUACAUUCUGAGUUCUGAGCUGGACGCUCAAAUGCUAAGAGACACCUUUGUCUUCAAAGUGGUGCCCAUGUUAAACCCAGAUGGAGUGAUUGUGGGCAACUAUCGAUGCUCUCUCACUGGCCGAGAUCUGAACCGCAACUACAAGUCUAGGCUGAAGGACUCCUUUCCAUCUAUAUGGUACACCCGUAAUCUGAUCAAACGGGUGAUGGAAGAACGGGAGAUACAGCUGUACUGCGACCUGCAUGGGCACAGCAAGAAGCAGAACGUCUUUAUGUACGGAUGUAAGGGCAGAGGUGGGCAGAACGGUGAGAGCCGAUUGUGUGAGCGCAUUUUCCCGUUUAUGCUGAGCAAGAACUCUCCCGACCAGUUCUCCUUCUCAGCCUGCAAGUUCAGAGUGCAGAAGAACAAGGAAGGGACCGGACGCGUGGUCAUGUGGAAAAUGGGCAUCCGGAACAGCUAUACGUUGGAGGCCACGUUCUGUGGAUCAACGCUGGGUAAAAGACGCGGGACCCAUUUCAGCACGAAGGACCUGGAGUCGCUGGGUUACCACUUCUGCAGUUCACUGCUGGAUUAUUGUGACCCGGAACAGACAAAAUAUUGCGUGUGUCUGAAAGAACUGGAGGAAAUGGUUCAGCAGCGAGUGCGCUACAUCAACCCACUGAGUCUGCAAUCGGAAUCCUUUUACAAAGAUGUCCUCUCAGACCUGGAUUCCAGCACUGGGGGGUCGGACAGCUCCGAUUCCAAUGGUCCUCCUGCCCAUCUGAUGGAGCUGGCGUGUCGGGUAAAAUCCCGGAAGAAGCUGCUGAAAUCAAAGAGAGAAAGGAAUUCACAUAGAAAGGAGUCGGAGAGGAACCUACUGCAGGAUCCGCUGGAUGAAGAUGAAAGCACAGGAGAGAAAGCGGGAGCACCCAUUGUGGACCAGCAGCUAACUGCAAUGGCCGUGAGCAGGACAUUUCUACAGAAGAACAGCGCAGGAUCCCUGGAGGAUUUGAGGGAUCCCAUAUCAGAUCUCUGUUCUCAGGAGAAGCCGCGAAACCUUCCGCAGGUGUCCAGGAGAAACAAAAUGACCCUUUCUAAACCGCAGAGGCAGCCGCUCUUCCAAGAUUUAGGUGCUAAAAAGGUCUCUGUCAUCUACCUUUUGUUCAACGCCAACGGAGAAGUCAUCACAAGCAAGUCACAUUCCUAUGCCAGGAACCAGGGUGUCAUGGACGUUGUCAGUCCUCUCAAUGGUUUCCACUGGAACAGGCCACUCCCAUUAUUUAAGAACCUCUUUGCCCAGCAUUUCCCCCUGGGCAGUGUGCUGGAACCGUACUGUUACAGCGUCACCCCAGCAGGCUCAUUCAGCUGUAAAAUCAGUGGUGGCUUCAAGUCCAAUACAGCCAGUGACGGAUGUGAGCUCGAUUCAGGCGAUAGGGUACACAAGCCAGAGAAAGCUCCAUUUCCUCCUUCUGUGUACAACCAAGAUAAGAGUUCUUAUUCCAAGCGCAUCUGGGCCAGAGAACUGACUCUAGACAUGGACACCAGAUGCUCUUUACUUCCAGAGCCAGCAAGUCAGGAUCUGCUGCCCAUGAAUCUGAGAGCGAAUGGGCCAGCUUUACCUCCUGUUCUCCUGGAUACAGAGGUGCUGAAUGUUCUACAUCAGACUGGCAAUUCUCUGCAGUCAGUGAACAAAACUUGCACGCCCGCACUGCCGAACAGGGAUGAGCAAGGAGGCAGCAGCAGAAUAACCGAAGAAAUGCAGAGUUUUCCACACGUGAAAAAAAUGACUUCCCUUCCUGCUGUGACUACCUCCACCGAUGCCAAACUCAAUAUAGCCAGUGAUCUGUAUCCCACUUCUGCCACCAAUAUCAGACACCUUCGAAACAUUUUACCUAAGAUGCGGGGCCAUGCCAGUGCAUCAAAAUCUUCCUCUAAUGCCAACAUCCCGCCCUCCAGAAGGCUCAAAGGGCGUUCCAUGGUCCAUUCUAGCAACGGGACAGUGCAAAAGAGGAAGAUGGGAAAGCCGUUCUGUCCUCGUAGACAGGAAGACCAAACCGUCAGUGACAGUCAGCAUCCUGACUUAUCGGUCAACACCUGGAAAGACAUUCUGAUUGGACUACAGACAGGCCAAAAUCCUGCAGCACCCAAAGAGGACGUCUUAAAACAUGGGACUUCCAAUGGUUUUCUAAACUGCACCAGGAAAUCUGGGCAACGGGCCAACCUGGCGCCCCUCCCAAAAUAAUGCUGCAAUCCUACCGACUCGUAUCAUAGCUAGGUCUUCCUCUGCCGGGUGGUGGGGGGGUAAUAGAAAUGGAAGUAUACUGUAACAUUGCCAAUUUACCUUUAAAACAACUUCAGCACAUGAAAAAUCUCUAUAUUUAUUAGAAUUAUAACUAUAUAAACAUGUAAGUAAACAGUCCCAGUAUGAAUGAUUAUCUAAUGCACAAUGUAGAAUAUAUUCUUUUUUAUUGUUAUAAUAGUGAUCCAGUAAAUAUAGCUACAUAUUGGAAAAACAUUGGCCCUCAUUCCGAGUUGUUCGCUCGGUAUUUUUCAUCGCAUCGCAGUGAAAAUCCGCUUAGUACGCAUGCGCAAUGUUCGCACUGCGACUGCGCCAAGUAACUUUACUAUGAUGAAAGUAUUUUUACUCACGGCUUUUUCUUCGCUCCGGCGAUCGUAAUGUGAUUGACAGGAAAUGGGUGUUACUGGGCGGAAACACAGCGUUUCAGGGGCGUGUGGCUGAAAACGCUACCGUUUCCGGAAAAAACGCAGGAGUGGCCGGAGAAACGGUGGGAGUGCCUGGGCGAACGCUGGGUGUGUUUGUGACGUCAACCAGGAACGACAAGCACUGAAAUGAUCGCACAGGCAGAGUAAGUCUGGAGCUACUCUGAAACUGCUAACUCGUUUGUAAUCGCAAUAUUGCGCGUACGUCGGUCGCAAUUUUAAGAAGCUAAGAUUCACUCCCAGUAGGCGGCGGCUUAGCGUGUGUAACUCUGCUACAUUCGCCUUGCGAGCGAACAACUCGGAAUGAGGGCCAUUGACAGAUACAGGAGAGCUCACAUCUCCCUCUGCAGGUUAUUGGACGGUACUGCACCCCAAUGACAUUUCAGUCAAACGAUAACAUUUUAUGUAAUAACUUUUGAAUGAUGCGUCUCCUGGCGACAGCAGUGGCCUCUACAAUGGAUACAAAGAACCCUACACAACAUAAGUGUUUAAAUGAAGCCAUACUUUCCUUCAGAGUACAAACAUAGCCUAGGUGGUGUACAAGUAUGUGAGAUGAGAGGGUGCUCUUCAUACAGUGCUUGUGUAUUCUGUAUUGAAUAUCGUUGGAUUAAAUAUUUACAUUCAGUGUUGGUGAUUGUUACACACUUCACAUUUUCCUGUUAUCGUUACCGAUGUUUGACGUCACUUUUAUUUCAUUCAUAACCGGAAGUAUUUUAUAUGUUCAUGAUAAAUUGAUAUUUUACUGUUUUUA